AUGCAUGUUGAGAAAAAUGUCUUUGACACAUUGAUGGGCACGAUUCUAGAUAUCGAGGGGAAGACAAAGGACACGAUCAAAGCUCAUCUGGAUUUGGAAAAAAUGGGCAUACAAACGGGUUUAUGGAUGAAAAGGGACAGUCAUAAAGCUAGAAGGGAUCUUGCAUUUUUUUCCAUGAAACUGAAUGACAAAAAAGAGUUUCUCGAGUUUGUAUCGACUGUAAAAUUUCCUGACGGGUAUGCUUCUAAUAUCGCACGUUGCGUGAAUGUUGACGGGGGUAGAUUUACUGGACUAAAGAGCCAUGACUGCCAUGUCUUUAUGCAACGCCUCCUUCCUGGGAGGAUUCGACACCUAUUGCCGGAUGAUGUAGUCAAGCCAAUCGUAUUGUUAUCCAGAUUUUUUUCCCAACUGUCGGCAAAAACGUUGCGAAGGACAUACGUUAAUCAGUUGCGCCAUGACAUUGUCCAAGUCCUAUGCAAUUUUGAGAUGAUAUUCCCUCCAGCUUUCUUCACAAGUAUGAUUCACGUGAUGGUUCACUUGCCAGAAGAGACAUUGCUUGCUGGUCCAGUCAACUACCAUUGGAUGUAUCCAAUAGAAAGGCUUCUCGGAGAGCUGAAAAAAAGCGUACGCAACAGAGCGAAGCCUGAAAGAUCAAUUAUAAAGGCUUGGGCUUUCAAUCGUCCUCAGCGCAAUAAUGACGGAGGUGUGAGAAAUGCGAAACUUUAUGUUUUUGGCCAAAGUGCACGACCUUUUGGAGAGCCUGUACGAGGAGAGGCGUUUUCCAAAAAUGACAUGGAGGUGGCCCAUUGGUUUGUACUGAACAAUUGUGAUGAGAUAAUCUGGUACUUGGAUGAGUAUGAAGAGAUGAUGAAGCGAGAACAUCCAUCACAAUUGUAUUCCAAGAAACACCGUGAAUUGUUUCCACUAUGUGAAGAGUUAUAUAACUUGGCAUUCGGCCAAAUUGGCGCUGAAUUAUUCUCGGGUUGCAAUGUUAACGGUAUCAAAUUUUUGGGGACUAUAAGAGAUGACAAGUUAUGUACGCAAAACAGUGGUGUCCAUGUCCCAGGUGGAGGUGAAAGUACGGACAUUGAUUUCUAUGGCAAACUCACAACUGUCGUGCAAUUGCUUUACAAGGACCGAUACCAAGUAAUCAUGUUUAAGUGUCGAUGGUUUGAUACGAACCCAAAUAGGCAGGGAAGUGUUAAAAUCGAUUAUGGGUUACUAUCUGUGAACAUUAACAGAACUUGGUAUGAUGACGACCCUUACAUUUUGGCAAACAUGGCAAAACAGAUUGUAACUAGACCAUCUGACAACGACGUCGACGUUGUUGACCAACGUUUGGAAUCUUCCAUGGAAAAUGUUGCACAAACACUUCUAGAUUCAAAUGUUAUACAAGAACCGUUUCAGCUUGAAGGAGUGUCUUCAAGAGAAAUACUGAUUCAGUCAAUUACAAUUGACCUCGGUGAUCUUCCACGAUACGAUCCAACCAUGGGUCCAAACAACGACGAUGAUGUACUUAUGGAGGACGAGGAGGAUGAAGAAGAGGAGGAGGAGGAUUGGGAGACCGAAAGUGAUGAUAGCGACGGUAACGAAGAUUAUUAUAGUUCAAAUGAUGAAUAA